AGCCGAUGAUAUCCAGCCCGAACAAGUCAAACGUCUCACCUCAACCAUUCCCGAGAAUGCCUCCAUGGCGCGGCUCGACUUUGCCUUAGACUCAUCACUCAUUUCUUCCCACUCCUCAUUUUCGUCGGCAAUAACUGGAUGUGGAACUGUCUUGGGAUCCAUAAGGCCCAGCUCAAUCAUUUUAGCAAGACGAGAUUGGCGCAGCGCUUCCGGUCCGUCCUUGUAAACAUCGCGGUAAUUCGCAACGAGCUCCGGGGGAGCUUGAAGCGGCCAGUGGGGAGCCGUGAAUGGAAGGUAUCCAAAGAAUGGGCGCUCCGUAUCGCGGUCUUUGAGCUCCUUUAGGUAUUCGUUAUCUUCCAAGUGCACGGCGAUGUGGCUCGUCUGCAUGAAUCCAGGCAUGUCGUUCUCACUGUUUGGAAAUAUGUCAGUCAUGAAAAAGACAGCAGUAAUUAAACUCACGAUCCCGGAGGUUGGUAUGCGUAAUGGUUACAGCAUCCCGCGAGCAUGCCCACGGACUUUUCAAAGCCACGAGUCGUUGGCGACCUCUCUUUGGUGCUUCCGAGAUGCCACUUCCCAGCCAUGAAAGUUUCGUAACCGCCCUCUUUCAGGAUUUCAGGCAGGGCAACUACUUUCUCGUUGAGAUAACCCUCAUAACCAGGCAUACCUAAGAAAAUUAUCAGAUAUGCUCGAAAAAACAAUGGGAUAAUUAAUUACGCACCUCUCUGUGGAGCGGUAGAAACAACUUUUCCCUUCCCAGCAGCUUGAGCUGAAGCCUUUGACCACUCAAUUAGGUUUCCCAAACCCGCAAUAUGAUGGUCUGUCCCUGUCAUAAUCAUCGCUCUAGUUGGAGAGCACGCCGCUGCAGCGUGGAAAUUCGUGAAUCGAACUCCAUCUUUGGCCAGGCGAUCAAUAUUCGGAGUUCUGAUCUCCCCACCGAAACAGCCUGGGUCUGAAAAACCGAGAUCGUCGGCAAGAAUUAUGAGAAAGUUGGGUUUUUUGGUAGGAAUUCUAGACAUGAUUGUUGAGAAGGAUUUCUCCAAAGUAUAUAUAUUUACCCCUCUCACAAUAAAACUGCCGAUACCCUGAGGGGUAACUCAAGGAGCCCUUAUCAUCCGAAGCCAAAUGGAAGUCGGCCUCCACCACCAUUUUCAGCACCUACCGCGGCCGAGCGUCGUCGGAAGUCGCUGUGGAGAAUCUCGGAACUCGUCGAACGACGACGUGGAUGUCGCUCGCGCUAGCUUAGCCCGCCCCUAAAGAGAGACUACCGAUUGCAGCUACCCCUGGCACGGAGGCCCCCGCAUGAAAUGGGUCGCUGACAGCAACGCCAAAUUAUUACUAGAACGAAGGUCAACGCGUGUUGAAGGCAUGGCUCCCUUGUUGGCGGAUAUCCUCGACGUUGCCUGGAUGGAGAGCACGCCAUGGCGUCUUUGGUUUGUGACAUCUCCGAGCGAUACAUAAGUUGCAGUAAUUCCCUUCACUUGCUCCCAAAUAUUCGUCAAUCAAAUAAUCUUGGACCCUCAGGAAAUAUAUCACAAUGGGUACUGCGCUGGGUAACUUUCGCGCCACUUAUGUUGCGGUUCUUUGCUGUGUUGGAUCAUUUCUGUUUGCCUACGACACCGGAAUCGUUGGUGGAGUUCUCACCCUCGCAGCAUUCCAGAAAGACUUCAACUAUACUAAGGCACAAUCCAAGUCCAUCAACGCCAAUGCUGUUAGUAUUCUGCAAGCCGGUGCAUUUUUCGGAUGUUUCGUGAUAUGGCCCAUCACUGCGCGCCUAGGCCGACGCUGGUCCAUGGUUAUCAGCUCUGCCGUGUUCAUCGUGGGCGGAAUUCUUCAAGUGGUCAAUACGGGCUCCAUUGCCUGUUUUUACGCUGGCAGAGUCAUAUCCGGUUUUGGCGUAGGUGCAGCCACCGUCCUUGUUCCCAUGUACUCCGCAGAAAUGGCCCCGAAAAACAUCCGUGGACAACUCGGGUCUGGAUUCCAGCUAUUCUUUGCAAUCGGCGUCUGUGUAAGCUACUGGGUAAACUACGCUGUGCAAAAGCAUGUAGAACCGAGUACGAAGCAAUGGCAAAUCCCAAUUGGGCUUCAGUUACUUCCCGGUGGCAUUUUAGGCUUGGGCAUGAUUCUUGUCAAGGAAAGCCCACGCUGGCUAGUAAAGAGAGGGAGAAAUGAACAGGCCCUCGAAAAUUUAAUCUGGGUUCGUGGCGGCGACUCUGAAGAGGUACAAGAUGAAUUUGCAGAGAUCGUUGCUGGAAUUGAAGAGGAGAGCCGCAUUUCAGAGGGCGUCACUUACAAGGAACUGUUGCUCCCUUCCAACCGAUACCGACUUUUUAUUGCCAUCACCAUGCAACUCUCUGCCCAAUUAACGGGCAACACUUCACUUGCGUAUUAUGCCCCCCAGAUCUUUACAAGCGUCGGUGCUGGUAACUCAACGGCCUUAAUCACUGGCUUCUUCGGAGUCGUCAAAGUUGUAGCAGUUUCAACCUUUUGUCUUUUCGUCGUUGGUAGAAUUGGCAGAAAGACUGCUUUUAUGGGCGGCGCUGCAGCUAUGGGAACGUUCAUGCUUAUUAUCGCCAUCAUUGUCGCGAAGUUCCCCCCAGGGAAGCCUGGAGACAGCAUAUCACAUUCUGCUAUCGCGGCAGUUCUCAUGGUGUACUGCGAGUCUGCAUCAUACAAUCUGUCUUGGGGGCCUGUUGCAUGGAUAUAUCUUGGAGAAAUAUUCCCCACUCGGAUCCGAGAGAUUGGAAUUGCUGUCGGAGCUGCGUCGCAAUGGCUGUUCAACUUUGCACUUUCCCAGAUCACGCCAUACGCAGUCUCAAACAUUGGGUGGAGAACAUUUCUCAUGUUCGCUAUCUUCAAUUAUGCGAUUAUUGUUUAUUCUUUCUUCGUGCUGAGAGAGACCGCCGGAAAGAGCCUAGAAGAGAUGGAAGAGGUGUUUUUCCGAGGAGACAAAACCCUCAAGGGUGACAAUGUUGACAUCGAUACUCAGUCCUCCAAUGAGCCAGGCCGAGAUAUCACAAAGAAUUGAUAUUUGGGACAUGAGAAGCCUUUCUGGGGAGCUAAAUAGCGAUUGAAGAUUCACGUAUUAUUAAAGUAUAUUAGAAGC